AAGUGAAUUUGAAAUAUAAGAAUUUACUUCUUUGAUCUGAAAUUUCGAAAAUGAGCAACUUCCUACGGAAUAUAGAGCAUUUCGAAAAGUUUGAAAUAUUUUUUAUUGGAGAGAAACUGAGGGAAGCACUGAACGAUGCUAAUCUGAUCAAAAACCGGAAAUAUCAUUUGCGCACGUAUCGGAACUGCAUUGUGGGAAAGGAGCUCGUUGAUUGGGUAGUUAAAAAUAGACACUGUGAUAGCAGACAAGGCGCUUUAGAAGGACUGCGUAUACUUAAGAAGUAUGGAGUUGUUCAUCACGUUUGUGACGACCACGAUAUCAAAGACGAGGCUCUGUUUUACCGAUUCCGAAAAGAUGACGACACCGUCAGGGAGAAUGCUGACCUCUGUCUCUUCUACAAGGCUUAUGACAUAUUUAAUGGUCUGUCCGCCCGUACGUGCGGGAUAAUGCGGAGCUACCAACAGGAUGGGGAGCUGUACCGGAACGCGUUCCAGGGCGCUGAGUUUGUUGACUUCCUGUUUAGUACCGGACAUGUCUCCAACCGGGAGGACGGCGUGCGCAUCGGCCGGAACCUUUUGGAAAAUGAACUAAUACGACACGUGACUGAUGACUUCCACUUCCGGGAUGAUCGCCGGCUCUUGUACCAAUACACCGUGGACAUGGCCGGAAGUCGCCAGCUGCGAGAGGUCUUCAACUACCUUCCGAGCGCAAAGGGACCACCAACACACGUGCUUCACCGGAUGCGAUCUAGAGGGCCGGAAGAAGGACACCAGUUUUUUACUCCUACAUCAACACCAGAAUGCUCACCUGAACUCGCCAGACGACUUUUUAAGAAGACUCAUGAUGACGCAUCGGCAUCUGCUUCAAAUGACGUAGCUCAUGAUGUCAGAGAUAGACAUUUCUCUGGCGACUCUGGCAACGACACAGACUGCAGUGAAACUGCAGUUGAAAAAAGCUCAACAAGAUCAGUUUUACUACGACAUGCCACUGUACAUGAGCUUCAAUCCCCAGACACACCUUACAUAAAACAAACAAUAAAGGUCCAAAGUGAUCCGGUUGGUUACGGGUUUGUUGUCAGGGGCAACUGUCCAGCUUACGUGCAGGCAGUAGACCCCAUGGGGCCUGCAGCGGCAGCCGGCCUUAAGGUUCGACAGUACAUAUAUUCUGUGAACGGACAUUACGUGUUAACACAGGACCACAAAGCAGUAGGAAAAUUCAUUCUGGACAGCGAAAAUCUUGUUACGCUGAUUGUUAUGACGCAUAGGAGGGAUGCGAGAUUUUUGCAUAAAUAAUUCCCCGUCGGAUUAUGCGACAAUUAUAAAUUGAAUCGAUUCAUUUUCCAAAACAAAUGUUAUCUUCAUUACAUUUUAUACAUUGUUGGAGCUUCAGUGCCAAGUGCCAAUUCCUGGAUUGAAUUUAAAACAGAUGUUGAGCUCACCCAAAACAUUUAGUCUGAAUUUACUCCAAACAAAUGCAAUACAACUAUAUUUUUAAAAUACUCAACCUUUCGUUUAAUUGUGUUCAAUGAUUUUAUUGUUAAUAUUUUACCAAAAAAAAUGAA